UGGACUGGUGAUCCAGGAGUGAAUCUUACUGUCACAGAUCUUCAGGUGGAGGCUCCUGAGAGAGUGACAGAGGGUCAUAAUGUCAGUCUGACAUGUAAAAGCAGCUGCACUCUGACUGACAGAGCAACAUUCAUCUGGUACAGAAACUCACAGCCAUUAACUGAGAGAAGAGACAGAAACAAUCAACUCCUGCUGCAGUCAGUCAGAAGAGAGGAUGCAGGCAGAUACAGCUGUGCUCUACAUGGACACACUUACAUCUCUCCUGCUGCUCAGCUCAAUGUCUCCUGGGUUUCUAGUGCUGAUUGGGGUGUUAGUUACAGUCCUUCACACAUCUGUGCACUAAAGAACUCAUCAGUGAUAAUGAGCUGCACUUAUACAUACCCUACUGGAUAUAAGAUUGAGAAAGUGUCCUGGACCAAAAACCCUGUGAAGGGUGAAGAGUCUCCAGAUCUGUCUGAGGAUCCUGAAUACAGUCAGAGGCUUCAGUAUCUGGGAGACAAACAGCAGAACUGCACCAUCAGACUGAGUCAUGUGACACAGAAGGACCAACACAUGUACUGUUUCAGAUUCAUUACUGAUAAACCUGGUGGAAAAUGGACUGGUGAUCCAGGAGUGACUCUCACUGUAACAGAUCUUCAGGUGGAGGCUCCUGAGAGAGUGACAGAGGGUCAUAAUGUCAGUCUGACAUGUAAAAGCAGCUGCACUCUGACUGACAGAGCAACAUUCAUCUGGUACAGAAACUCACAGCCAUUUGCUGAGAGAAGAGACAGAAACAAUCAACUCCUGCUGCAGUCAGUCAGAAGAGAGGAUGCAGGCAGAUACAGCUGUGCUCUACAUGGACACACUUACAUCUCUCCUGCUGCUCAGCUCAAUGUCUCCUACCCACCAAAAAAUGUUUCAGUGUCCAUCAGUCCAUCUGGUGUAAUAGUGGAGGGAGAUUCAGUGACUCUGAUCUGCAGCAGUGAUUCAAACCCUCCUGCAGAAAUCAGCUGGUUUAAAGGAAGAACAUCUGUAGGAUCUGGAAGAAUCUACAGCAUCUCAAAGAUCAGCUCUGAUCACAGUGGAGAAUACAAGUGUAAAUCCAUCAAUGAACAUGGAGAGAAAUACUCUGAUGCUGUCACUUUAAAUGUCAUGUAUCGUCCCAGGAACGUCUCAGUGUCUAUAAGUGGAUCUGGUGUAAUAGUGGAGGGAGAUUCAGUGACUCUGAUCUGCAGCAGUGAUUCAAACCCUCCUGCUCUGAACUUCAGCUGGUUUAAGGAGACUCAAAGCUCAGCUGUUGGAUCUGGACAGAGUUUCAGUGCACUACAGAGUGGACGCUUCUACUGUGAGGCUCACAAUCAACAUGGAUCUCAGAGAUCAGACGCUGUCACAGGUGAAGCUUUUAUUAACACACUCCUGAAUCUUCACAUCAUUCAUCGGUUUGUUAAUUAUGAGGAUCUUCAUCUUUUAGUUCAUCAUGGAGCUGGUAGGAAUGUGAUUGUGAUCACAGCAACAUCUGGAGGAUUAUUCAUCAUCAUCAUCAUCAUCCUGCUUAUAACGUGA